AUGGCAACUGUUAGUGUAGCUCUCAUUCGAGAUACCAAGUGGCUGACUUUAGAAGUUUGUAGAGAAUUUCAGAGAGGAACUUGCUCUCGAGCUGAUACAGAGUGCAGGUUUGCCCAUCCGCCAAGAGUUUGCCAUGUCGAAAAUGGCCGUGUGGUGGCCUGUUUUGAUUCUCUGAAGGGUCGGUGCACUCGAGACAACUGCAAGUACCUACACCCCCCACCCCAUUUAAAGUCGCAGCUGGAAAUUAAUGGGAGAAACAAUCUGAUUCAGCAGAGGACUGCCGCAGCCAUGUUCGCCCAGCAGAUGCAGCUUAUGCUCCAGAACGCUCAGAUGUCAUCUCUUGCAUCUUUUCCUAUGAAUCCAUCGCUUGCAGCUAAUCCUGCCAUGGCUUUCAAUCCUUACAUGCAUCAUCCUGGGAUGGGCCUGGUUCCUACUGAUUUUUUACCAAAUACUCCAGUUGUGUUUCCUGGAAAUCCACCUCUUGCAUUGCCUGGAGUUCCUGCCCCAAAACCAGCUCGUACAGAUAGACUGGAGAUUUGCCGUGAAUUUCAGCGUGGAAAUUGUACCCGUGGGGAGAGUGAGUGUCGCUAUGCUCACCCUACUGAUGCUUCUAUGAUUGAAGUGUCUGACAAUACUGUGACAAUCUGCAUGGAUUACAUUAAAGGCCGAUGCUCCCGGGAGAAAUGCAAGUACUUUCAUCCUCCUCCACACUUGCAAGCCAAGCUCAAGGCAGCUCAUCACCAGAUGAACCAUUCAGCGGCUGCUGCAAUGGCCCUGCCGCCUGGUGCACUUCAACUGAUACCAAAGAGGUCAGCCCUUGAUAAGGCCAAUGGUGCCACCCCAGUCUUUAAUCCCAAUGUUUUCCACUACCAACAGGCUCUGGCUAACAUGCAGCUGCCGCAGCCGGCAUUUAUCCCUACAGGGCCAAUACUGUGCAUGGCACCCGCUUCAACUUUUGUGCCCAUGAUGCACGGUGCUACACCUUCCACUGUGUCUGCAGCAGCAACACCUGCCACCAGCGUUCCCUUCGUUCCAACAACUACAGGCAAUCAGUUGAAAUUCUGAGCAGCAGAGUUACGGAGUAUCAGAAUGUCUCAGCAAGAAACUCCAUAUGGCCUUUCUAUAUGUAUUCUCGUAUGUCCUCUUCUACCAACACGACAAUAAGCAUGGUGCAGUCCAUAUAUUAAGCACAUACACCAGCUGAAAAUUGAAAAUAAAGCAUUCAAAAAUCUUUGGAGAUAUUAAAGUGAAUAGAAAAUUGACCACUGUGUGUUACCUAGUAUGGAUUAUUAAUUGUAUAUGAGUUAGCAUAUAGAAUACGACCAUAUAGCUUUGACAUUUAUUUGAAUUAUCAGCUCCGUAUUACAAGAAUUACCCAUCUGAUAUGAUUAUCAUGUUGAAGUUAACCAUAAAGUUUUCUAGUUUUUUUUCCAAAAUGAUUGAUGUUAAGUGAACUUGCAGAGUACUGUAGUAAGCUUACUGUACAGUCUUGGUGGAUAAAUUCUGUUUCUGAAGUGUUACCUUACUGUGUUGUUUACAGGAUAGUCUAUUGGAUUGAUGUAGAAUGUAACUAAUAUAUCCAGUACUAUUUUCCCCAUUGAUAUAUUGUAUUAAAUUGGGUUCUGUUUGGCUUUUC